UAUGGAGUAGGGCACCUUUCCUGCUGCUGCCGUCGGCUCUCUGCACACCUGUUUCCAGACCCGGUGAAAACACCACGUUCUUCCUGUCGGAGGACAGAAUUGGAGUCAUAGGAACAGCUUGAGAAAUGGAGUGUAAUGUACCCAACCAAAGACAGCGGACGAUGUCAACAACAGGAGUAACUCUCUACGAAAUUCUUGGCCUGAAUAAGGGAGCAUCGUGUGAAGAAAUUAAGAAAACCUACAGAAAAUUAGCCCUGAAAUACCAUCCAGACAAGAAUCCGGAUGACCCAUCUGCUGCUGAGAAGUUUAAAGAAAUCAACAACGCCCACACAAUCCUCACCGACAUGUCAAAGAGAAACAUCUAUGACAAGUAUGGAUCGCUGGGACUCUAUGUGGCUGAGCAAUUUGGAGAUGAAAACGUUAACACAUACUUCAUGCUGUCAAGCUGGUGGGCAAAGACCCUGUUCAUCAUCAUCGGCCUCUUGACAGGCUGCUACUUCUGCUGCUGCCUUUGCUGCUGCUGCAACUGCUGCUGUGGACGAUGUCGGCCCAAAUCAUCAACAGCAGAGGAGGACUUCUACAUGUCACCAGAGGACCUUGAGGAACAAAUUAAGACUGACAUGGAAAAAGAUACAGACUUUCCAGUUGUUCUCCAGCCUACAAAUGCAAAUGAGAAAACACAGCUAAUCAGAGAAGGAGCUCGAAGUUAUUGUACAGACUCUUGAUGUUGGGCCCAUGGAGGGUUCAAGCUCCUCUUCUCAGUUCAGCCAUGUCUCUGGGUGGUCAUGGGGGAGGGGGUAACAUGAAAUGCUGUGAACAUAUUCACAUUUGUAUUUUAUUUUUAGGUUAAGGGGAAGAUGAUUGCUACAUAAUUUUCUCAGACUUUCUCUUUGAGUAGAAUUCCUAAUGAAAAGCAUUCAGUUUGAUGAAUAAAGGCCUGAAGAGUU